GGACCGACCCUCUGAGCUGCAGGAUGCGGCGGGGCGAGGUGAGGGACCGAGUAAAGGGCUCGGAGAGAUGGCCCGCUCCAACCCCAUGGCUGGGGGAGGAGGGGACCCUGUUGCCAUGGCAACACGUGUGCAAAGUGGCCAGGCCCGGCGCUCCGACCCUUUUCUGCCCCCGAACGUGCGCGCACUUUGAAGGCGCCCCCUGCCACCCCUUCCCCGAAUGGCCUCCAUCAUCCCUGGCUCGCUGGCAGCUAGGCUGGGACCAGCGCAGAAAUGACCCACUUGGACAGCCGCCUCUCCGCCACAUCCUGGCUACCCUCAGCUUGCCCUUCGUCCUGCCGUCUCCUCCAAGGGGUUAAGCUCGGUCUGCUGCACUUGGGUUGAAAUCUUGCAGAGUCCCAAGGCUUUCAGACUGAAAAACGCUUUCCUCUCUCAUUGAUAACCUCCACCAUGAUUCAUAGCCUUUUCUUGAUCAACUCUUCUGGGGAUAUUUUCUUGGAGAAACACUGGAAAAGUGUGGUCAGCCGUUCUGUUUGUGAUUAUUUUUUUGAGGCACAGGAGAGAGCUACUGAGGCAGAAAACGUACCUCCAGUUAUCCCCACCCCUCACCACUAUCUUUUAAGUGUUUACCGCCACAAGAUCUUCUUUGUGGCUGUGAUCCAGACGGAGGUCCCACCUCUGUUUGUCAUUGAGUUCCUUCAUCGAGUUGUGGACACAUUUCAGGACUAUUUUGGAGUCUGUUCAGAGCCAGUGAUCAAAGACAAUGUUGUUGUCGUUUAUGAGGUAUUGGAAGAGAUGCUAGACAAUGGUUUUCCAUUGGCCACCGAGUCAAACAUCCUCAAAGAACUGAUAAAGCCUCCCACCAUCCUUCGAACAGUUGUCAACACCAUAACAGGAAGCACCAAUGUGGGUGACCAACUUCCCACUGGGCAGCUGUCAGUGGUGCCUUGGCGACGGACAGGGGUGAAAUAUACCAACAAUGAAGCCUAUUUUGAUGUGAUUGAAGAAAUUGAUGCCAUCAUUGAUAAAUCAGGUUCCACAAUUACUGCUGAGAUCCAGGGGGUGAUUGAUGCAUGUGUCAAGCUGACUGGAAUGCCAGACCUUACACUUUCCUUCAUGAACCCCAGGUUGUUGGAUGAUGUCAGCUUCCAUCCCUGUGUUCGUUUCAAGCGCUGGGAAUCUGAGCGUAUCCUCUCUUUCAUCCCUCCUGAUGGAAACUUUCGCCUGCUCUCUUACCAUGUCAGUGCACAGAAUCUGGUUGCGAUUCCAGUGUAUGUCAAACAUAGCAUCAGUUUCCGGGACAGUAGUUCACUUGGACGCUUUGAAAUAACAGUGGGACCCAAACAGACUAUGGGGAAGGCCAUAGAGGCAGUGACUGUCACCAGCCAGAUGCCCAAGGGGGUCCUGAAUAUGAGCCUCACUCCGUCUCAGGGGACGCACACAUUCGACCCAGUUACAAAGAUGCUGUCUUGGGAUGUAGGAAAAAUAAAUCCCCAAAAGCUACCCAGCCUGAAGGGGACCAUGAGUCUUCAGGCUGGAGCUUCCAAGCCAGAUGAGAACCCCACAAUUAACCUGCAGUUUAAGAUCCAGCAGCUGGCUAUUUCUGGACUCAAAGUGAAUCGUCUGGAUAUGUAUGGAGAAAAGUACAAACCCUUCAAGGGCAUAAAAUACAUGACCAAAGCUGGAAAAUUCCAAGUUCGAACCUGAAGGGAGAGUUUUACAGAGGGAACAGUCACGAACACUUUGUCAUUUCUUACUUGUCUAAAAGUGAAAAAACCAGCCUAUCUCCUAGUCAGUCCUCUCCUGGGCCCACCUGCUCCCUAUUUUCCUUAGCCUUCAGUGCCAUGGAAUUAAUCAAGGGGAUAAAGGGUCACCAGGGAGAACUGGACAGAACUGAAACACAGUCAACACCAACUCAGUUCUCAAAGAAGAGAUGUAUGACAGAGGGUAGAGAUACUUGACACCAUAUUUAACUAUUUUUGACAUGGUUACCAUACAGAAAGACUAGCAUUUGUUGUCUGCUUGGCUUUAAUUAUCUAAAGCCAAUUAAAGACUUAUUUGUUGUUUUUUAAAGGUGGACAGAAAGAUUACUUGGAAGAAAGAUGAAUGUUAGUCAAAGGAGGGCCCCUUAAGGAUGUGAUUUAUGAGGGAGACAAAGGAGGAAACAAUUAAAGAAGAAUUGUGAGGACAUAGACUAAAGCGAAAGAUUGCCAAGAGUGAUGGUGCUCCACAUUUAGGAGCGUUGGAAGGAAUAGAGUUGAGUGGGUUUCUUUCUGAUCCUUCUACUGUCAUCUAUAAAAAAAAUUUGUACUUCUAGAAGUGAACUGGAUACUUGUUAAAUUUGAAUCCACUAUUGACACAGAAAACCCCAGUUGAGUCAGAUUUACCCUUGAAGACCAUAUCUGACUGGCUUUCGAAUACUAAAUGUUGCUUGCCUUUAGCACAUAGUCUGUCAUCAUCAGUGAGAAGGUGCCUGGCCUCCUUCCUUGUGGUGGUUGCCUGGAAUGCCUCUUUCCCAACCCCAAAUAGUUUUACUCACUUUACUUCCAGAAUUCACCAGACUUUUUCCUGUUCCCUGAUCCUUCUGCAGAGUUUUCUUGGAAAAAAAAAGGGUUUCAGAAAAACCAAUUCCAUAACCCCUAGUGCAGCCAGAUUUUGUACGUCGUAGUAGAGUGUAGAUGGCCAGCUUAUUCCCCAGUGACGUGGACCCCAACUAUAAUUGAAUAAUUCCUUAUUUAUGUUUGUGAGUGCUACACUAGUACUGGAUCCUAAGUCUUCCUGUCUAACACUUUUCCAUUGGUAGCCCUGGGUAGAAAGAACAAGUACCAUGGCUGAUCCUUGAAGCUGCUCAGAAAGUUAUGUCCUUAUAAUUAUUUGCUUUGUACUCUAUAUCCUUAACAAUAGAUAUCUGCCAGACUAUUUUUGUUUUAAGACCCCCCCGCCCAAAAAAAUUCCAAAUCUUUGAAUAAAAUUGAUGCAGUAGGGAGAUGCGCCAUGUUGAUCAUGUGUAACCAAGAAACAUGGCAACUAAAGGGAUACUUCAGGCUUUCCCAACACAUCAGUUCUAGUUCAGUGUGUCUAUUACCCAUUUAAAUAUUUAUGUAAAAGACAGGUUUGUUUUUUUUUUUAUUUUAAUCUUAGCACAAGAAAUGUGCUCUGCUUUGUACUCGGGGACAAAAAUGAAGACAUACACUCUCCAAACCUCAGAAUUUUUCUCUAAAGCCCUGUUUCCAAACACUUGUGCAAAGUGACUUCUAGUCUUAUCUUCCUACUUCCUGAACUUGUUUUUGCUGCAGAGUAAUGUUACUAUGUGGUUUUCCCAUGGGCUAAACUGUGCUGUGUGCAACCAGAUGUUUCACGUUCCCUCACUCCAAAAUUGGUCCUGGCUGAUUGUGGCCUAUGUACGCACACCUACCAUAGUAGGGGGAACAUCUCUGCCUGUGGAUUCCAGAAUACUUGGAAUCACUUCUCAGGGCUCUGAGGAUUUUAAGGUUUCCAAAGCCACAGGAAACAACCAGUCUUGGUCCGUGAAUAGUUUUAGGUUUGUAAAUCCAGCUGUUUUAUUUCCCACAGGGCAGCUCACCCUAAGUACCUGAGUAGAAAUGAAAUGUCUGGAGUUUGGGAACUGCAGGCCUAAACAAAUGAAGUAACUAUCACAUCGCCUGCAUAGCAGAGCUCUGGAGCACAAGGAGGCAUCAUUGCUGCCACUCAGCCACUCAGUGGUGUGUCCAUUAGCAUAAGUAGUGCAGCGUUGUCUCAGUAGAGCUUUUCAGCUUUGUGUGUGUAACAUGUGCAGAACUAGCUUCUGUGUUUAAAUCUUAAUAAAGUUGAGUUUUACCAGUCCUCUAUGUCCUAAGUGCUUUCUUAUUAUUAGGGGCCAAUAAUAAUACUAUGGCGUGCAUGCCUCAAUAGGAGCAGUUCAUUUGUUAG